AAAGUUGACAUUGAAGUGGAACUUGUUUGUGUUUGGUUAAAUCACUUGUGUAUCAUUUCUUCCUGUUGCGACUCUAAAUACUUUAAAUCCUGUUCCAUCCUACUGAGUGUGUUCAUCUCAUGAGCUGAGCGGCAUUAAAUGACCUCCCAGAGUUUGAACUGAAGUUUGGCUUCACGGUGUCUCCGUACAGAGCUGGACCAGACCACCGGACCUGGACCAGAGCUGGACCUAUCGGGUAUCCCCGCCGAGCAGCCUGCCUGGAGCCGCCCGGAGCCCGGAGCUGGAGCUGGAGCUGGAGCCCUAACGGAGCGGAGCGGAGGGGGAGUCAUUAGUCUGCUCCUCAACUCUGUAGAUAAAAUGCACCGCUAGUUGACUACUGGGAUGUUUCCACAUAUCGCUGAUGUUAAUGUUAAUGUUAAUGUUAAUGUAGACCGGUGUAUAUCGGUAGCUCGGUGUUCAGCGGCGGCGGCAGGAAGCACCGACGGAUCUGAGGUCAACUUGAGAACUAACGGUCUCCGUCCGGCACCGGUGUGGGAUGUGCCAUGCAUGCUAGCUGGAGAUGAGAAUGAAACCCGGUCGCAACUCCCUCCUGGGCCUGUGCUCCAUGUUGGCCCUGGGGUUCCUCUACUACUCGUCAGGGAGGAUCAGCUUACGAGGCUGGGGCCACAAUUCAUUGUAUGACAAACAAGGGUUCCUUGUGAAGCUGGAUGGCAGUCUGCCGUUGGAGCUGAUGUACAAGUACGGCAAUCUCAGCGAAGGAGCCUGUAAGCCUGGUUUUGCAGCUGCCAAGAUGACAGCCAUAUAUCCAAAGUUCAACAAACUGGCGCCUAUGUUCCUUGACCCAAAUUACAAACGAUUCUUCAAGAUCGGGGAUUAUUUGCCUCCGUUUGGUGUAAAAUCACAAGAGAAGAUCAUAGAUAUUCUUCUGUCGGCUACUCAGAGCUAUGGCCUUGGGGAGGAACUCGACAGUAUGAACUGUAAGACUUGCAUCAUCGUAGGGAACGGAGGAAUCCUCGCCAACAAGUCUCUGGGACAGAGGAUCGAUGAGCUCGAUGUGGUGGUCAGGUUAAAUGAGGCCCCAGUGAGAGGCUUUGAGAAAGACGUCGGCUCCAAGACCACCAUGAGGAUCACCUAUCCAGAGGGGGCCAUCCAGAAGACUGAACGCUACGAGACCGAGUCCCUGUUUGUCCUCUCUGCCUUCAAAGCUCUGGACUUCAAGUGGCUCCGACACAUGGUGUUCAACCAGAGGCUGCGCAGCACUGAUGGCUUCUGGAAGUCGGUGGCCAAGCACGUUCCGAGGGAACCCGGCGACAUGCGCAUCCUGAACCCCUACUUCAUCCAGGAGGCCUCCUUCAAGCUGAUCGGAUUACCUCACAACAGUGGACAGAUGGGCAGAGGGAAUAUCCCGACCCUGGGGGCUGUUGCCAUAACGAUGGCCCUUCACAACUGUGAUGAAGUAGCUGUGGCUGGAUUUGGCUACAACAUGAGCACCCCUCAUGCCCCACUGCACUACUAUGAGAAGAUCAGGAUGUCGGCCAUCAAAGAGUCCUGGACUCACAACAUAUCUAAAGAGAAGGAGUUCCUGCUGAAGCUGGUGAAGGCUGGAGUCAUCCAGGACUGGACCGGUGGGAUCUGUGGUUCAGGAUGCUGAUGGUCUGCACUCAGCUUCGUGAAGAUGGAUGGAUGGAUGCAGCACUGCGCUCUCCUCCACCUCCACCUGCUCCAGCACCUGAAGAGGGAAACUCAAGGCUGCGUAGGCCAUGUUCCCAGCAGAGAGCAGCGGCUGUCACACACUGUGGUCAGUGCACAGAGACUAGAACACACUGCCCCGGUGUUGCAUAUUGAUAUAUUGCAAGCAAUUGGCCUCCGUAUUUAGCUCAUAGAUUAGUGUAUAUUUACUAGAUUUGGUGCCCUGACUCAGGGGUAUGUUCACAGUGUUGGAGAUCAAACCAGCACCUGCUGCAGGCUGGGAAAAGGUGGAGAGGAUGAAGAUGUUGGGUUGUGCCAAGAAUACCUCUACAAGUGUCCUUCUGCUCACACACCUGAAUGUAACCUGCAUCAAACGUAUAGUCUCUUAUUUAUAUCUUCCAGGUUCUGUGUUAAACAGGGUGCACACUACAUGACACACGACUCAGCUGUCCUGGACCGGUCUCUGACACCUGUGGGUGACCCCGCUCUAUCAGAGCAGCAUGACAAUCAUCAGAGCUUGUUUAGUCCAGUCAGUCAGAGUCACUAUGAAGCUAAAAAGCUGGAGAACACGAGGUAACAAGAGCUGCCCUCAGCAUGAACAUUACUCUCAUCAUCCAUCUCACAACACAGACUAGACAGACGCUGAAGAGUCACAUUGUGUUUGUUCUUUACGAGGCAGCACAACACGUACAGCGAUCACUCAAGACUUACCCUCAAUGUCCACUGGAUUUGUCUGUGGCCGCAGCAGCUUGCGUCUCUGAAGCGUGAAAUUCACUUGUGAAUCAUGUAUAUAUUUAUUAACAAUUUACUUCAACUCAUAUUUAUAAUAUGAUGCAUAUCAUUUGUUACUGACUUAGGGCCUUAUUUUAACGAUCUAUAGUGCAUGGUCUAUGGUGCAUGGCACAAGUGCAUUUAGAGCAUAUCUAACUCCACUUUUGUUAGUUAAACGGCGCAUAAUAUUGGUUCAAAAUAAGGUGCAAAGGGCAAAGGGGUUGUAUUUAGUCUCUUAAUUAAUCAGAGGUGUGUUUUGGGGGUAACAGGAAUUAAACCAAUCAGAGUGUCAUCUCCCAUUCCCUUUAAAGGCCAGGUGCGCCUGCAUCCGGUCACAUUGCUAUUUAAAAGGCAGAUUUGGCAAAUUGGAGAAGCGAACCGUUUUCUGCUGAGGAAACGAAUCUGCUCGUGAAAGUGUGCGAGCAGAUGUAUGUGGUGCUUGGCCGUUGGACCCUCUGCCUCCACCGUCUUCCAUCGACAACUUCAUUUGACUGCAUAUGAGCAAAUGCACCGAUAACCUAUUUAACGCGGGUCGGGGGGGUGUUCCUUUCCAAUGCAACCCACGGGGGGGCUUGGACCGGCUGAGCGGAAUCCUCUGGAGAUGCAUCACGCACGUGCGCACAGCUGGAGAGGUGCGUAACGCGCGGAUCAAUCAGCCUCAAAAUGCUGCCGUUUGGGGGGAGAGGGCCUAACUUUGAAGUAGCUCCAACAUAGCGCCUGACCACACCUCAUUUUUAGCACGCCCAUGGGCGUACAGAUGGGCGCAUGUACAUUUGCUACUUACAGAGCGUUGGCGCUGGGUGUGAAAAGCUGCGUCGGUCUGAAACUAGCAAUGACAGUUGCGCUGUGCUGUGCACCGCUUCACAUCGGGUGUAAGAUAGGGCCCUUUGUCUUUAAACACGUUAUUGAUCAAAAGGUUUGUAUCAGCUGUUAUAUUGAUGUUUUCUUCUUUCCUUCAAUAAUAACUAAUAAUAGUAAUAACAGAGAUAAAAAACAAUAUAAAUCAGACACAAAUUUUUUCAUUUACAUUUGAAAUAGUUUUGGCCCCAAAAGAAGAAAAAUAAAAUGAUUCAAACUUCCAUGGUCAAUGUUGCAUGAUGGGAGAAUACUGUUGGAACUUGGAUUUUGAAUUGGUUUUCCUGUCCAGGAAAGAUCUCGAUCAUUGUUGAACCACAACGGAGCAGCUGGGCUCUAAAUAUUGAGUUUGUCAUUUUUUAUCUGUUCAAAAUGUACCUUAAAGGGAGAUUUGUCAAGUAUUUAAUACUCUUAUCAACAUGGGAGUGGAUAAAUAUGCUGCUUUAUGCAAAUGUACAGACA